AUGACUGUUCAUUACGGGAAUUUGCUUAAUCUGUUCGAUAAUCUGUUUAAUGAAAGGUCGCAAUCAAGAAAAUCUUCGGAUUAUAUUGCAUCAAAUGAUGCCUUGGAUACUCUUCUUGAUGUUAUUGAAGGCGGCAUCGAGGAGCUUAACAAAACUCAUGUAACACAUUUGCUUUUGGUCUUAUUCGUUGCCGGGACUGAUUCAACGUCCCAAGACAGAACUAGCGCAAGCAAUCGACAAAGGAAAUUCACUCGAGGAAUCCGAUGUAAAUCGUUUACCAUAUUUGCAAGCGAUCGCCAAAGAAACCUUCCGGAUGUCCCAUUGUUACUACCUCGUCGAGCCGGGUUUGAUGCCGACCUUUGCGGUUUCAGAGUUCCAGAGGGUUCACAAGUGUUGGUUAACGCAUGGGCCAUUGGUAGAGAUCCAAGUAUUUGGGAGAACCCGAACAACUUCAUACCCGAGAUAUUCUUGGAGUCUGAAAUCGAUGUCAAAGGUAGACAUUUCGGGCUCAUUCCAUUCGGAGCUGGACGACGAGUGCGUCCGGGAUUGCCUUUGGCAAAUCGAAUGUUGCAUUUAAUGCUAGGGUCUCUUAUAAAUUCUUUUGAUUGGAAACUUGAAGGUGGGAUCUCACCAAAUGAAUUGAACAUGGAAGAGAAGUUGGCGAUCACACUUUAGAUGGAUGAACCUCUGCGAGCAAUCCCUAUUAUUGCUUGAC